AUGAAGCUGGAAAGUCGCUUUACUGAUUUCUACGUCCCGGAGACAGUUUCUUUGCCGAAUCUUAAGAUUCUGCAUUUGGCACAAUUUAUAUUGACAGAUGAGCUGUCUACUCCCAGGCUCAUUCAGGGUUGUCCUGUGCUCAUAGAACUGUAUUUUGACUGUUUAACAUAUUCAGAGGGUGAAGUUCUGACCCUUUUGAUAAAAAGCCCUUCCCUGGAAAAAAUCUACCUCCAUUGUGUGACUGAUGAAUGGGACAUUGUUCUGGACAUCCCCAGUGCUGUAAAUUUGGAAUGCGAGGUUGAGGGAGCGAGUAAAACAAGUAUAAAUGCCCCAAAGCUUCAACAUUUGCACUUUGAUGGCGAUGCAGUUGAAUUACUCUUUUAUUUUCAAAAGUUGCUGCCAACUUUUGAAAAGCUAACUUAUCUUGAGCUUGAAGUCCGCAAAUAUUAUGAUAAGCAUACUCGUAGCUGGAAGAUGUUAUCUUGGUUACUUGAGAGUGCACCUAAUCUUCAAGUGCUGGUCUUUGAUGAAGUGUUUUGGGAUGACAGGAUUGAAUCCUCUGCUGAAGACAAGAAAUUUGAGUUUCUUUCUGCAGAGCCUGUUCCAUUAUGCUUGCCGAAACAUCUUAGGGAAGUAAAAAUCAGAAAAUUCAAUGGAAAGGAAUAUGAAUUCAAGCUCAUUGACUAUAUUUUGCAGAAUGUGAAAGCUUUAAAAAAGAUGACCGUUGGUGUGCUUGGACACUUUGGAGCUCGCAGCAAAAUAUUGUCAUUGAAGAGAUGCAAUAACGACUGCCAGAUUGUGUUCACAUAA